UUCCACCUCAAAGUCAAACCAAAUAAUCUAUCCAAUUUCAAAAACCAUGUCAAGCCAUCCUGUCUCUGGUCCUUCAACUGUCACUGGAUCUCGUAGACAAUUAUCAUUAGAAUCAGAAAUCAAUCAAAGAAGAAAUACACCACCAAACCAAUUGAAACGUCAAAGUACUUCAACCAACUCAACCCCAAGUGCAUCAGACUUUUAUAUUCCUUCUUUACCUGGUCAACCAUCAUCUUCAUCAUUAGUUUUAUACGGAGGUCAUUUAUCAUUUUCUCCAUUAGGAUCAGAUAUAUCACCCGAAUCUAAAGAUGAAUCAUAUGGAUUUUUUUUCUUAAAUAGAGCAAGACAUAUUGCCAAUAAACCUAUUUUGAUGGUCUGGUUGAAUGGUGGUCCGGGUUGUUCUUCAUUUGAUGGUGCGAUUAUGGAAUUAGGUCCUUUAAGAAUGGUAUUGAAAGGUGAUGGUCAAUUAAAAGAAGUAGAUGGUGCUUGGAAUGAAUAUGUUAAUAUGUUAUUCAUCGAUCAACCUACUGGUACGGGUUAUAGUGUCGGAAAUGAAUCAACUUGGCCACAUGAAUUAGAUGUUUCUUCUGAUCAUUUAAUUAAUUUACUUUUGAGAUUUUUUGCUAUCUUUCCUGAGUUUCAAAAAAUGGACCUUUACCUUGGAGGAGAAAGUUUUGCAGGUCAAUACAUACCUUAUCUCGCUGAUGCAAUUCUAAAAAAGUCGUCAUUUCAAGCCCCUCUUAAGGGUAUCCUCAUUGGUAAUGGUUGGGUGGAUCCGGUUGCACAGUAUCUUGGUUAUCACGAAUUUGCCUUUCAAGCAGGUCUAAUUGCCCAGUCUUCACCCGCCGCUAAGACUGUGAUGACCGCCGUUGAACAAUGUAAUCGGACCAUCAACGAGAUGGGUAUAGACAAGGUACCAAUCCACAUUCAAGCUUGUGAGGGCAUUCUGAGCGCGAUCACCGAUUCAACAGUCCAAACAGUAAAUUCACAGAAAAUGUGUUUAAACAUGUACGAUAUCCGAUUAGUAGACACAUAUCCAGCAUGUGGAAUGACAUGGCCACCAGAUUUAGCCGAUAUGAAACCAUAUUUAUCUAGAAAGGAUGUUAAAAAAGCUUUUCAUGCAGAUCGGAAAAUAGAUGAUUGGGUUGAAUGUAAUGGUAGAGUAGGAUCUAGUUUUUGGACUAGAUCUUCUCGUCCUUCAGUUACUUUACUUCCUGGUUUACUUGAACGUUUGGAAGUUUUGUUAUUUUCAGGUGAUCAAGAUUUAAUUUGUUGUCAUACAGGUACUGAAAAGAUGAUUGAUAGUUUAACUUGGAAUGGUCAUAAAGGAUGGACAUCAAAUUCUGAGUUACAAGAAUGGAAAGUUAAUGGUACACAUGCAGGUCAAUGGCGUCAGGAUCGUAAUUUGACUUAUGCUCUUAUAGCUAAUGGCUCUCAUAUGGCCCCGUAUGAUGUUCCGUUCGUAGCCCAAGAUAUGAUUUUAAGGUUUCUCCAUCUAGAUGUUUUAGAUGCAGCUGGUCCAGCCGCCGACGUUUCAAGUGGAAUAGGAAAAGAACCCGAAACAGUGCUACAUCGAGUACAUUUAAACAAUACAUUAUUAGAAACCACUCCAUCUUCUGCUUCAUUACCGCCAUCUAUACCCAAUACACUUGGAAGUACAACAACCGAUUCGAAUUAUUAUAAUGCUUCAUCUGCAGGGAUUAUAAUAGUGAUGUUAGGAGGUGCAUUAGGAUUGUUAUUUUUGUGGAGAAGGAAGUUAAGAAGAUCUGGUACAGGAGAUUUUGCUCAAAGAUCUGGACCUGAAAUUACAAUUCAUGAUGAUUAUUCUUCUCAUCAUCUUCAAGAGAAUGAAGGAGGAGGAAAUGGAGUCAAGUUUAUGAGAGUUCCUUCACAUGAUAAUUUGAAUGAAGGAAAUGAAAGGAAUGUUAAACACGAGGAUGAUGAUGAACACGAACUUGAUGAACUUGUGGUGGAUAGGAAGUCGAAAAAGAAUGGUGGUGAUUAUUAUGAUACGAUUGAUCAUGAAGGCAAAAUUCGAUGAUGUGAUAAUUUUGUAAAGAUUCUUUGAGGAAAAAAGUACAGAUAAGAAAGUGAUGAAUUUCAAAUAGAACAAUUUCUUUUACCUAAUUUUCUCUUGAGCUUGUUUGAUUAUUUUCUCUUCCUUUUCCGUUUUUUUUUGAUGUGAUAACAAAUUUAAUUAUUGUUUUGUUGUUAUUUAUUGAAUUUAUGCAAACCCUUUUCUUUUUCUCAUUCAAAGAUUUGUUUUUAUACAUUUUUUAUCUUUUUCUUUGAAUUAAAAAUAGCAAGUUCUGAAAUUAAGAGAUGAAAGAAAUCAAUUAG